AUGCGGGCUCUCAGGUUUCCGCUAGAUCAGCUCCUGAAGGAUUCAUCAGCAUUUGUGUGGACGCGCGAGUGCCAGCAGGCGUUUGAAAAAUUCAAAAAAAUUUUGUCGUCAGAGCUGCUUUUAGCACAUUAUGACCCGAAGCAGGAAAUAAUUGUCUCGGCGGAUGCAUCUUCCGUCGGCAUUGGGGAAACAAUAAGUCACAAGUAUCCUAAUGGCCACGUUGCAUCUCAUGCAUCUCGUGCGCUUACACUGGUUGAACAGCGCUACUCGCAAAUUGCCCGGGAAGGAUUGGCAAUAAUUUACGCUGUUACCAAAUUCCACAAAUUUAUCUUUGGGAGACGGUUUCGGCUUCAAACCGACCAUGCACCGCUUCUCAGAAUUUUCGGGUCCAAAAAAGGGAUUCCGAUCUAUACAGCCAAUCGCCUUCAACAGUGGGUAUUAUCGUUGCUCUCCUACGAUUUUUCGAUCGAGUACAUUCAGAGUGACAAGUUCGGCAAUGCUGACGUUUUGUCCCGUCUUAUCGACCAACACACCAAACCGGAUGAGGACGUCAUAAUUGCAUGUACCACCUUGGAAGAAGAUUUGAGGUCAGUAGCAAUUGAUAGUACUAAUCAACUACCUCUCAGUUUUAGUAUGGUUGAAAAAGCAACGGCAUGUGAUCCGUUGCUUCGAAAAGUUCACCGCUUCAUCCGUGAGGGCUGGCCCAAAUCUAGGUCGGAAGUUAAAGAUUGGGAGAUGUAUCGGUUCUUCGAUCGCCAGGAAGCUCUGUCAGUCGUUCAAGGCAGCAUAAUGUUCGGCGACAGACUGGUAAUCCCGACUGCCUUCCGGAGGCGGUGCCUCAACCAACUACACAGGGGCCAUCCAGGCAUACAGCGUAUGAAGGCCAUCUCACGUAGCUUCGUGUACUGGCCGGGACUUGACGAAGAGAUUGUGAGCUUCGUUAAGGGUUGUCAUCACUGCGCAUCUGUAGCACGGUCCCCUCCGAAAGCGGAACCGGAGUCGUGGCAUUCCACAACGGCUCCUUGGCAGCGAGUCCAUGCAGACUACGCGGGCCCUCUGGACGGAGAAUAUUAUUUGCUAGUCAUCGAUGCGCACACCAAGUGGCCAGAGAUCUUCCCGACAAAACAAAUAACAUCGAAGGCCACGAUCAAUCUAAUGCGUACGUUGUUUGCAAACAAGGGCAUGCCGGAGAUUCUCGUGACCGAUAACGGAACGCAAUUUAAGAGUGCUGAGUUCAGUGAGUUUUGCUGCGAGAACGGAAUCCGGCACACAACAACGGCUCCAUUUCAUCCGCAAUCGAACGGCCAAGCUGAAAGAUUUGUGGAUACUUUCAAAAAAUUCAGGAGGGAGAAGGCUCGAUAA